AUGGUCUCUAAGCUGAGUCAUCUUCAGGUGGAGCUGCUGGGAGCACUGCUGGAGUCAGGGCUAACCAAGGAGACCCUGAUCAAAGCGCUCGGGGAAGUGGACCCCUAUGCCCUCCAGAGUGAAAGCCAGCGUGCCAUCAGUGCCAUCCAGGCAGAAAAAGGGGAACCCUGUGCUGAAAUUUCCAAUCUGCCCAAUGGGAUGGAGGAAUCCAGGAUGUCCGAGGAGGAAACCUCUGACGAUGGGGAGGAAUUCACCCCUCCAAUAAUGAAGGAGCUGGAAAACCUGAGUCCAGAGGAGGCUGCUCACCAGAAGGCUGUGGUGGAGAGACUAUUACAAGAGGAUCCCUGGAGAGUAGCAAAAAUGGUGAAAUCCUACCUCCAGCAGCACAACAUCCCUCAAAGGGAGGUGGUGGACACUACGGGUUUAAAUCAGUCUCACCUCUCACAGCACCUCAACAAAGGCACACCCAUGAAGACCCAGAAGAGAGCUGCCCUCUACACCUGGUACGUCCGCAAGCAGCGAGAGGUGGCCCAGCAGUUCACCCAUGCUGGUCAGGGACUUGUGGCAGAGGAGCCCAUGGGAGAUGACCUGCCCACCAAGAAAGGGAGAAGAAACCGCUUUAAGUGGGGUCCUGCCUCACAACAGAUCCUAUUCCAAGCUUACGAGAGACAGAAGAACCCGAGCAAGGAGGAGAGAGAAGCAUUGGUGGAGGAGUGCAACAGGGCAGAGUGCAUUCAGCGUGGCGUCUCCCCAUCCCAGGCCCAAGGUCUGGGCUCAAACCUGGUCACCGAGGUGAGAGUUUAUAACUGGUUCGCCAACCGUAGGAAGGAGGAGGCCUUUCGGCACAAGCUAGCCAUGGAUACCUACAGUGUGCCGCAGCCCAGCUCUGCUCCCCCUCUGACCUCUCACAACUCUUCCUCCCUUCAGCCAACGCCUGCUAUCUCACCAAGCAAAGUCCAUGGAAUGAGGUACAACCAGCAGCCAGCCAAUGAGGCAGUGUCUUCCAGCAGCAAUCAUCAUGGGAACAGCUCCAUGGUGACCACCCAAACCAUUCUUCAUCAGGUCUCUCCCCCUGGACUGGAGCCAAGCCAGAACCUGUUGAGCACAGACACUAAGCUGAUCUCUGCUCAUGGGGGACCUCUCCCUCCUGUCAGCACCCUGACCGCUUUGCACAGCCUAGAGCAAAAUCCACACACGUUGAGCCAGCAAACCCAGAAUCUAAUCAUGGCAUCACUGCCUGGUGUUAUGGCAAUUGGAGCUGGUGACACCUCAUCCCUGGCACCAGCAUUCACCAACACAGGGGCCUCCACCCUGGUAAUAGGCCUAGCCUCCACCCAAGCCCAGAGUGUUCCUGUGAUAAACAGCAUGGGAAGCAGCCUUACUACCCUUCAGCCUGUCCAGUUCUCCCAGCAGCUCCACCCAUCUUACCAGCAACCCAUCAUGCAGCAGGUCCAGAGCCACAUCAAUCAGAGCCCCUUCAUGGCCACCAUGGCCCAGAUACAGAGCCCCCAUGCUCUCUACAGCCACAAGUCUGAAGUGGCCCAAUAUGCACAUACUGGCCUUUUACCCCAGACCAUGGUGAUAACAGAUACAGCAAAUCUCAGUGCCCUGACUAACUUGACACCAAACAAACAGCAAGCUUCCUUGCUGCCUCAGGUGUUUACAUCUGAAUCAGAGACCCAUACGGAGUCCGGGAUCCACACGUCAGUGUCACAGACACCAACAAUACAUUUACAGAACCAAGACACAACCAUUCAGCACCUUCAGCCAGGCCAUCGCCUCACCCCGAGCCCAGCUGUCUCCUCUAGCAGCCUGGUGCUGUACCACAGCUCUGACUCCACCAACAGCCACAGCCACUUGCUGCCAUCUACUCACAGCGUUAUUGAGACCUUCAUCCCCACACAGAUGGCAUCCUCCACUCAGUAA